AUGAGCGCGCUGUGGGCUCGCUGGGCCCCGCCCACGGAGCGUGCACGCCUGGCGUCGCUCGCCGCCUCGGGCACCAACGUCGGCACCGUGCUCGUCUUCUUCCUGUCGGGCGCGCUCGCACUGCACUUCGGCUGGGCCUCCAUUUUCUACGUCUUCGAGGUGCAUCUCCUGGAGGUGGGUCAUAUGGGCAUCAUGGCCGCCGUGCCUUACGUGUUGCUGGCAGCGUCUCUGCCGGGCGCCGGCCAUCUCUCCGACAUGUUGGUGCGCAAGAAGCUGAUGUCAGUCACGCAGGCGCGCAAAGCGAUGCUGGGCGGCACGCUGGCACUGCAGGCGCUGCUCAUGCUGACGGUUGCGCACGCGGCCUCGCGCGGGGUGGUGCUGGGCUGCGUGCUGGCCGUCGUCGCCACGGGCGCCUUCCCCAGGGCAACGCUCCUAGUUAACCACUUGGACUUGUCACCAAGACACGCGGGAUUGCUCAUGGGCGUCACCAAUUCGCUGGCCACUCUGCCCGGCAUAAUCAGCCCCGUCGUCACCGGAUUCCUGGUAACUGGGGAGGUGAGAUAG